AUGGCAGGCGCUGAACAAAUCAACUUAGCACCCUUGAAUCAACCUCAAGCAGGCUCGAAUCAAUUGGUCGCGGUCAUGCACAAUGGAUGGAGCAGACGAGCUAAAGUUUUAACCGGCGUUGGUGCAGUAAUUGGUAUGUGUGUCUUCACAGUGACACUCCUCGUACCAAUUCUUGUUACAAGUAAUAAAUACACAGCCACCACAACCGCAUCUGUUCUCGUAAAUGCUACCGCAUCUACUACCAUAACUACAACCACCACAACAUAUACCACCGUCACAACUGCAACUACUACAACUGCUACUACAGCUACCACAACAUCGGCCACAACAUCCACUUCUACCUCCUCGACUUCGACAACAAGCACCAUGUUACUACUACAUCAACAUCGGCCACCACAUCCACUUCUACCUCCUCGACUUCGACAACAAGCACCAGUACAAGUUCAACUUCAGCAACAACACAAACCACUACCUCCUCGACCUCGACCACAUCAACAUCCGCAUCCACUACGACUGCAACAACAACCACCACCACUACAUCCACAUCGGUCUCCACUCUCAGCGCGACUACUACUACCACCACCACAUCAACAUCGGUUUCCACUGUCAGUGCAACAACUACUACCACCACUACCUCCACAUCGGUUUCCACUGUCAGUGCAACAACUACUACCACCACUACCUCCACAUCGGUUUCCACUGUCAGUGCAACAACUACUACCACCACUACCUCCACAUCGGUUUCCACUGUCAGUGCAACAACUACUACCACUACUACCUCCACAUCGGUUUCCACCAUCAGUGCCACCACAACCACGAGUACAACAUCAACAUCCGCAUCGACCACGACUACAACAACUACCACCACCACCACAUCAACAUCGGUUUCCACCAUCAGUGCCACGACAACCACCAGUACAACAUCAACAUCCGCAUCGACCACGACUACAACAACUACCACCACCACCACAUCAACAUCGGUUUCCACUGCCACUGCCACCACAACCACGAGUACAACAUCAACAUCCGCCUCGACUACGACUACAACAACUACUACCACCACCACAUCAACAUCGGUUUCCACUGUCAGUGCCACUACAACCACCAGUACAACGUCAACAUCCGCAUCGACCACGACUACAACAACUACCACCACCACUACGUCCACAUCGGUUUCCACUGUCAGCGCAACUACUACCACCAGUACAACAUCAACAUCCACUUCGACUCCGGCUGGAACAACGACGACCAGCAGUACCAGCACGUCGACUACUACGACAGACACCGCCAGCACAUCCAGUACCAGCACGUCGACGAGCACCACGGCAACGACGAGUACAUCAACUGCUACGACGGUCACCAUUAGCACAUCCAGUACUAGCACUUCAACUAGUACGACAGACACCACUAGUACAAGCAGCACCAGCACGUCAACAAGUACCACGGCGACGACCACCACAUCCAGUACUAGCACUUCGACUAGUACGACGUACUAGCACUUCAACUACUACGACGGUAACCACUAGCACGAGCAGUACCAGCACGUCAACAAGCACCACGGCAACGACCACCACAUCCAGUACCAGCACAUCAACUACUACAACGGUGACGACUAGCACAAGCAGUACCAGCACCUCGACGAGUACCACGGCGACGACCACCACAUCCAGUACUAGCACUUCGACUAGUACGACGGACACCACUAGCACGAGCAGUACCAGCACCUCGACGAGUACCACGGCGACGACGACCACAUCCAGUACUAGCACUUCAACUACUACGACGGACACCACUAGCACGAGCAGUACCAGCACCUCGACGACACGAGCAGUACCAGCACCUCGACGAGUACCACGGCGACGACCAGCACAUCCAGUACUAGCACAUCAACUACUACGACGGACACCACUAGCACGAGCAGUACCAGCACCUCAACAAGCACCACGGCGACGACGAGCACAUCCACUACAAGCACUUCAACUAGUACGACAGACAGCACUAGUACAAGCAGCACCAGCACGUCAACAAGCUCCACGGCGACGACGAGCACAUCCACUACAAGCACAUCAACUAGUACGACAGACACCACUAGCACAAGCAGCAGCAGCACGUCAACGAGUACCACGGCGACGACCAGCACAUCCAGUACUAGUACUUCAACUAGUACGACAGACACCACUAGCACAAGCAGUACCAGCACCUCGACAAGCACGACGGCGACGACCAGCACAUCGAGUACUAGCACUUCAACUAGUACGACAGACACCACUAGUACAAGCAGCACGAGCACGUCAACAAGUACCACGGCGACGACCACCACAUCCAGUACAAGCACAUCAACUAGUACAACAGACACCACUAGCACAAGCAGCACCAGUACGUCAACAAGCACCACAGCGACGACCAGCACAUCCAGUACAAGCACAUCAACUAGUACAACAGACACCACUAGCACAUCUAGUACGAGUUCGUCAACGUCGACUACUGACACGACGAGCACGUCUAGCAGCAGCACAUCGACGAGCACUACGGAUACAACCAGUACGUCGAGUAGCAGCACUUCAACGUCGACGACAGAAACUAGCAACGUUCUAUCCAAAUAUUGCAUAA